AAAGCUGGGUUCUUGCUCCUGUCCUGUUUUCCCCUGGCACUUCCUGCUCUCCACAGGUCUCCAGGGGCCCUCCUGUACCUGCCUGCUCCUGCUCCCAGCCCUUGGGAUCAGAGCAUGUCCCUCCUGCCUGAGAGGGGCUGGCACCCAGAGCCCCUGCCCUUAGCAGGGGACAGAGCAGAGCCAUCCCUGGGACUGAGUGAGCCCCCCACCUUGCCCAGCACUGCCCAGUGCCUGGUGCUGGUUCCCCCUCUCUCUGCAGUGCAGGUGCAGGCUGCGCCAGCACCACAGCUCCACAGCAGUUCUCUCUGCUCCAUGUGUGCCAGGAGGGAUCCAGUGGGCACUGAAGACUGGGAUAGGACACUGCUCCUGUGUCCCAUCCAUGCUCGCAGUGGUGUGGCUCUGGGAGUGCUGCUCAGCCCUUGGCCCAGCUGCUCACAGGUCACCAGUGACCUGGAAAGGAGCUGUGGAUGUGUCAGCCAUGGGCCACGAGCCCAGGACUGCCCCGGGAGUCUCCCCCAAGCUGAAUUGUUCAUGCUCAGCACUCCCACAGUCCUGAAACUGUGCUGCCAUGAGAAGGAGCAGCUUGGCUUGGCCAGCCCCCGCUCCAGCAGGGUUUAAAUCCCAGCCCAUAGCCCAGAAGCACAUUGAUCGCAGCGCAAUGCUGGGCCACCGCACCCUUCUUCUGGUGCUGCUGGAACUGCUCACCCUGGCCCAGCAGCACAGCCCAUGGGACCAGGGCACUGCCCUCACCUUCACUGCAUCCCCACACCGGGCCCUGCAGGGACACUGGAGCCCCACUGCCCUGCCUGCUCCCCCCAAAAUGGGUGAGUGUCCGGCGGGGGCGAGCGGAGCCCCUUGGCACCCCAAACUCUUCUGCCUCUCUGACCAUGGCUGCCCUGGUGCUGAGAAGUGCUGCCAGAUCGGGAAGGUCUGGACCUGCCUCCUGCCCGUGACAGAGAGCCCAGGCUACUGCCCCCGUGCUGGCAGUGCCAUUGGGCCAAGCUGUGGGACAAGAUGUCACAACGACACCACAUGCCACUCGGGGGAGAAGUGCUGCACCCGCGGCUGCUGCACCCGCUGCAUGCUUGCUGAGCCAGCCAAACCUGGGUUCUGCCCUCGGAAGCGUGCCCAGAGAGCUGCUGCCUGCCCAAACCACUGCACCGAUGACCGGGACUGCCCUGGGGAUCACAAGUGCUGCUUCUCUGGCUGUGGGUUGGCCUGCACCCCUCCAGACACAGGGAACCACCGUGACACAGUGAAGCCUGGCCUGUGCCCCGUGGUGCUGCGGGGCUCCUUGGGGCCCUGCCUGGAGCUGUGUGACACCGACAGUGACUGCACUGGGGACAACAAGUGCUGCACCACCGGCUGUGGCCACAUCUGCAAACCACCCAUCAAGGGUACAGCAUAGCCAUGGCCAGGAAGGGCUGCACCAGGAGCUGCCAUUUCAGUCAUCCCCCAUCCCACUGCCAUUGUGGGCUGAGCAGAGAUGCUGCUGCACCCCACACCUCUCCAUGUGCUGGACCCUCUGUACUGGCAGAAUGGCACCAGCACUGACUGAUGCUUCUGGUCAGGGUUCCUGGCAUCCCCAGCCAUGCCAUUAAGGGCUGCACGCUGCCUGAGUUACACCAUGGCCAAGAUUCCUGCAUGAGGCAAAACCCUGCAUCCACAAUGGCCCCAGCUGCUCCACAGCACUGAGACAGAAUAAACCAUCCCACAGCCA